CGCUCAGUGUUAAUCAUGUCUGGAAGAGGCAAAGGCGGUAAGGGACUCGGGAAAGGAGGCGCUAAGCGUCACCGUAAAGUUUUGCGCGAUAACAUCCAGGGAAUCACGAAACCCGCCAUUCGUCGUCUGGCUCGCCGCGGAGGUGUCAAGCGCAUCUCCGGUCUGAUCUACGAGGAGACCCGCGGAGUGUUGAAGGUGUUUCUGGAGAACGUGAUCCGCGAUGCCGUCACCUACACCGAGCACGCCAAGAGAAAGACCGUCACCGCCAUGGAUGUUGUGUACGCGCUGAAGAGACAGGGACGCACCCUGUACGGCUUCGGGGGAUAAACGCCUGAAACCAGGACAAACCACACAAACCCAAAGGCUCUUUUAAGAGCCACACACUCUGACACAUA